UUGGCGCGCAAACGUGUGCGGGGCCGGGACCAGCUGGGAACAAUAACAGUGCCGGAGCAGAGUGCGGAAGAUCGCGAGGGGUCCGCGCCGGCGCGCCUGGCAGAAAGUUCCCGGCAGGAGAAGAACAAACUCAGCCACGGAAGCGAGAAGAGACCGUAACAGAACCGGGCUAGGUAGCGAGGAAGUCGGCGCUGACCUGGAAAGCGUGGGCGGAAGGGAGCUCCGCUGUGCUCCGCAGCGUGUAACCCCCUCCUCUCCUCUUCCCUCCACCGGGAAACCGGAGGCUCACUGAAGGGGCUGCUGAUGCCCUGGAAAGCAACCUUAGAUUCCUUCGUUCUCGGUCUCUUUCCCCGCGGGGCCCUGGCAGGCUGCGGCUCCGCGGAACUCCCUUUCCCGGGCCUUUACUCUUAAGGAGGAUGGGGCGUGCUCGUGGCUUCCACCCUCGCCACCCGGUGUCGCCCUCCCACCCGGUGCCCGGGACAAUGCUGCUGGUCCGCUGAUACGACUCAGAUUCCCGGGAGGGCAACCCUUGAGUUCCCUCGGUGUGGCGGAGGGGGUCCCGAGGUCAGGGGCUCCCCACCCCCCCUGGCCUGCAAGCCGCUGGGCAUGUGAACCUCGGAGCCUCGGAUCAUGUCUCUGGAGGGCCUGGGAGUGACCCAGAAUGUGGCGGACCUGGAGGCCCUCCUGCGGGGAGCGGAGGCCAUCCAUGUGAUGGACCAACAGAUCGUGAUCAUUUCCACCCCGGAUCAGCUCCCCCCGCCCGAGGGCGAGAACGACCCCGAACUGCUGCUCUUCGCCACUCCGCAGCCCGCCCGGUUGGAGACAGCCCCGCUGAGGCCUGCUCUGGAGCGCCCGCCGGUAAAACGGAAGCUGAAUUUGGAGACUGACCACCAAUAUAUUGCGGAGAGUGUCGAAGCACCUCGAGGAAAAGUGAAAAACCCUGUGAAAGGGCUGAAGUCUCCUGGAGAGAAGUCCCGCUAUGAAACGUCUCUGAAUCUGACCACCAAACGCUUCCUGGAGCUGCUGAGCCGUUCGCCUGAUGGUGUUGUGGAUCUCAACUGGGCCGCGGAGGUGCUCAAGGUGCAGAAGAGGCGAAUCUAUGAUAUCACCAAUGUUCUGGAGGGCAUCCAGCUUAUUACCAAGAAGUCUAAGAACCACAUCCAGUGGUUGGGCAGCGGGUCUGCUGUGGGGAGCAUCAGCAGGAGCCAGGGUUUGGUGAAAGAGCUCCAGGAUCUUCAGGCUGCAGAACAACAAAUGGACAACCUCAUCCAAAUGUGCACCACCCAGUUCAGGCUCCUGACUGAGGAUCCCGAGAACAAGCACUCAGCGUUUGUGACUUGCCAAGAUCUGCGCAGCAUUGCAGACCCCUCUGAACAGCUGGUGAUGGUGAUCAAAGCUCCCCAGGAGACACAGAUGCAAGUGUCUGACCCAGCAGAGGCUUUCCAGAUUGCUGUGAAAAGCACUCAGGGCCCCAUUGAUGUGUUCCUUUGUCCAGAAGAGACUUCUGGAGUCUGCAGCCCCAAAAAGAGUCCAUUGAAAGUAGCUGCCGAAGAAAGUUCCCUGGAGUCAUCACAAGCAGCUGCGUCUGUGCUGCUUCACCCCUCCCAGGAUGCAAAACUACCAUUGUUGAGUGGAGACCAAGAGCCCCUGUUGCCCGGGGACAAUUCCCUGCCUCUGAAGUGCUCAACAGAUGACAUGACUCUCUCACCACUGGCCUCGGUUGAUGCGUUGCUGGAGCAGGGCAAGGAUGACUUCUCCAGCUUCCUGCCUGCUGAGUUCAUUGCCCUUUCGCCACCCCAGACCCAGGACUACCAUUUUGGGCUAGAGGAGGGUGAAGGCAUCAGUGAGCUGUUUGACUGUGACUUUGGAGACUUCACUUCUUUGGAUUUCUGAGCAUCUUUGGGGCUGGGGAGGAGGCUCUUGGCUGACCUUGUCCCAGUUUGUGAGGCGUCCCUCAGAGCUGACCUCUGAAUGUAAAUGCAAGGCCAUCUGAGGCCUCCUUGGCCAUUGUGCUGUGGAGGAAGAAGGAAGGAGGCUGAACCAGGAUGGUAUUGGAGUCAUGGGUGGGAACUGGUGGCUCACCCUGAUGGAGGGAGGCUGACAGCUGCUGUGUAAAUGGGUGGCCUCUUGUCUGUGACCUUGGGGCUAGCAUACACUGAUGAACCCAGGCAAGUAGUUGUAGAGGUGAUAGUCCUGGCCAGUAAUGGGUAGCUGAAGUCUGUGGUGCCAUGUUUUGAUGCUGUUGGAGUAGUCCCAGUGGGGCAGUAGCCAUAACAACAAUGUCACCUAUCUUACUGUUGCCAGACUGCUGCUUUCCCUGAAUUUUUGCCUCUGUGAUUGUAGGCUGGCCCCCUUUGUCAGUGGCUUAUCUCCCCCUUGCUACUUAAUAUGAGUUGUUUCUCCUCCUUCCUGGAAAGAAGAAAGUUGUCCUUUCCUCGGUCCCAGCAAAGGUUCCAUGGAUUUCGAAGCAGCAGCGUCUGUGAGGUAUUCUUGUGGGAGGGCAGCUUUCUGUCAGGAAUAAGGCAGGAAUGUUAUUCUAGAUACCAAACUGACUAUAACUUUGAUACCACGCUGGUGAUGAAGCAUUAUAUGCUUGGAGGUUGAGGGCAGGGGUGGGAGGAAAAAUGAAAAUAUGUCGUUUAGCUGACAAGGUGUGGAAAUGAGAUUGGGACUGGUAACAAAAUUAAAAUGGCCCUGCUGAGGAAAGAAAGCCAAGUAUGUCGGGCAGGGUUGGCUGUUGCUGAAAGAAACCUUUUUGUCACGGUGGGGGUUAGCCCAAGCUGUUCAAGCUAGCUAAAGAAAAUGAUCAGAUGUGCUAGAAAGAUUUUACUGUCUGCUUGAAAAGGAACAAAGAAGAUAUCCUAAAAUGGCAGCCAUGAGGGGAAUGGGAGGCUGCUUCCAGAUAUGUGCUCAGAGCAAGAAACGCUUGUUUCUGGAAGUUCUGCUCAUUCUAAAGCUUUAAGGAGAGUUAUGUAUAGCUUAUUUAUUUAUUUUAGAUUUCCCUCCUUAUUUUCUUCUUGAAAGGCAUCUUUUAAAAAUAUAUAUAUUUCAAGAUGGAACGUGUGCGUUUCUCGAAGGGGGGUGGGCAUAGAUAGAACUAAUUGGCCAAGUGGCCAGUGCAUUUCAACUGUCCUUUUUCAGAGGCUGGCAAAGCAGAUAGGGCCGUGUGAAAACAGGCCGAGGGAAUAAAAAUAGCAGGGAGCAUUUCUUCCAUCAAGAUAAGCAGAGAGCCUUCGUGAUAGUCUCCGUGAAGGAGAGGUGAUCUUUUUUCUUUCUUAUUUUUCUUUUUGGUUUUCUUUUUGUUGUUGUUUGAUGGGUUUUUUGUUAUUGUUGUUUUGCUUCAGCUAAUAUUGUUGGCAUGGAGCAGCAGACUUCUUGUUGUUCUGGGACUGCCUUCCUUAUAAAGUCAAGGCAAAAAAAUUGACGUCCAUCCUCAUGCUGUACCCUGUGCAAAGCACUAUGGGGUAGUCAGAUGUCACAAAUCCAUAUUAUUUAUUUUUUAUUAUUUAUGUGGCUUCCCCCAGUGCUCCUGGAAGGUAUGGAGAGUAUCUGCAGAGGAAAACUGCAUGAAAUGGAAUUAGGCAUAUCCAGGUAUGUGGAAUGAGGCCAUAUUGUGUCCUGUUAGAAUAGCUAACUCUAGCUAAGGAGAAUGGAGAGCUGAAUUCAGGAAAUGGGUAGGUAGCCAGUGUUUUGUAGUUUAGCUGAUAAGUCUGCUGAGAACAGAUUGUUGGGUGGUCCUAUCUAUAUGAUGAAGUAUGACUGGUGAAGACUGUUGAGAAGUGCUAUUUAUUGAUAGUAAAUGAACAGAAGGUUUGAUUAAUAGAGGAAAAAAAUUGAGGGGAUGUUGAGGAAAGAAAGAGAGAGCCUGGCAAGUGAAGCUGGGGAAGGCAUGGCUCGGUUAUUGGCUUAUCCAUUUUGCUGUGGAGCUUUUAUCCUAAGAAACCAAGGAUAACCUUAGAUAUGUAAAUAUUGCCAGGUGGGUGGUCGAAGAGUUGUGCUUAGAAUAUGGGCAACACGGCAAGAAGCGCUGUCCUUGGGCGCCUUCAUGCCAGAAUUACUACCUAUUUCAGUUAAAUGAAACUCACCAAAGUAUGCUGCUCCUUAGGAGGGGCUUCUCUUGCUUUACAAAAAAUAGUUGCUGUGACUGUGAGUGUGUAACUUGAAAAACCAACAAGUUGUACCAGGGAAGCAAGGAUGGGGGUGCGGGGGGUGUUUAAGCCCUUAUAGCUGAUGGGUCAAUGGAACAGCCAUUUUUGUUUGGUCUGCUUUUGUAAGGAGAAAGAAGCUGUGUUGGCCUGGCAGAGUAAAAUGGCAGAAUCAGGCAGCAGUUACCUGCUGUGGUAGAGAGUCUUGGACAUCAUAAAUUUCAUGGAAAUACCUUGGCUGCAGGGGAAAAUGGGAAUGAGCUCCCUAGCUGACCUUCUGUUAUUGUCAAAUACAACAUUAGUCCUUAGAUCAAAAUGUGGUUGGCCAGGGGAUGGUUAUCUAAAAAUGAAUGUACAUCAGUGCACUUAACAGUAUAUUUUCUUCCUGGGAGUGAGACCUCUGCAGCAAAGCCAAAGCACCCAAUGGGAAAGAAUCAUUCUCCCAUAGCAAGGCCUCCCUAGUCACAACGUAAAAAGGUAAAUCCCUUGUUUAAGUUCUCAAGAUAGCAUAUUGUAGGUUGAGCAGCUGCAACUGACCUUACUUGAAACAGCUGUUAAGGGCUAUGUUCUCCACCACCACAACUUCUAGGACGUUUGGUGAGAUGUACCGUUCCUUUGCAACUUUAUCCUACUAGGCCCUUACUUUCAUGUUUCAGAGAAUAUGCAGUGGAAGUUCUUGUUCACUUAAAUGUGCACUGACUUCCUCUGGCUUCUGUGCAUGAGCCCCCUUGUCUUGUCUGAUGUUCAUUCCUCAUGAAUGUGGGCAUCUUCUGGGAAAUUCAGUUCUAGGUCUCAUAUUUGUCAAGGAAGCUGAAACUCAUUCAUCAGGAAUUGAUCAAGUAUGCAUUUCAUAUUUUGUGAUUUCCACUGAAUUAUCCUGUUAGGUUUUCAGUUCUGCGGAGACUAUCAUCUCAACGAAUCUUUACAUUUUUGCUGCCUUUCUCAGAGGAGGAGUGAAGUAAGGGCUGAGUACCUGGUAGGCCACAACAUGUGGCUGGGAUGUUGCUUUUGGCUUGAUAGGACACCUGUUCCAUAGGCCUGCACUAGGAUUUACUUUAUCCCUUUCUACAUACUUAUGUCAGAUAGUUGUGCUACUGUUCCUCCUAGAUUGUACAGUGUAGCUAUAUUUUCUGAGUUUUCCACUUUUGUAUGAGAAAGCUACCUGCGGCCUUCAUCAUCCCAACGCACGUAGCAUGUAGAUGGGUCUGAUCUCUCCCUCCCGCAGGUUAUUUGUUUCAUCUCUUACAUCUAACCUAUUUUUUUGUUUAAGCCGCCUUUGAUAAAAAAAUGGUGACGGGGGAUUCUAUUUGUGAACUUAUCUAUGUACAAAAUAUCUCAGCUCCAGAUCAGAAGAUCAGGUAACAGCAAAUGGUGUUCUCAUCUAUUCAGGUAAAAACUUUUGUAUUCCAAGGAGGAUGCCCAGAAAAUACAUAAGGAAAACUAGGAUAAAGGAAUAAAGGGACAGUGUAUUACAGGUACUUAUGGGAGCUGGGUGUUUAAUAUGCAAGUAGAUCUUGCAUGGUAGAAGAACCAAAUUCAAAGUGCUGUAGAAGGCUUUCUGCUGUUGAGAUGAUGACCUUUACUUCUUGACCAGAACUUCCAAGGCAAUGACACAGGGAAGACUCACCAAAUAUUCUACUGAUAAAAUUAAUUUUGGGGUAACCUUAUGGUAAAUAUGCCCAUGGUAUCAAGGGCCCAUCAUGAGAAGUGCCUGAUGUAUUAUGUUCUAGAUGCCUUAGCUGUGAGCGCUGAUGUCCAGAAGCAACUACAGAACUGUCUUCUGACAUCAACUGAAAUCCUGUGGGAAAGAAAGGUAGGGGGGACAAGAGCAGCCUGUCUUGCUCUUCUUUUUAAAACUCAGAUGGGGAAAACUUAGAACAGCCUGUAUUAUUGAUAGUUUCGAAAUGCCUUGAAAUCUCCUGGUUAAAAAGAAAGAAACCUAGAUUCCUAUGUUGUUCCCCCUUCCUGUAGGCCUUUACUAAUUGCAGAAAGAGAUGUGGAUACACUCAGGCUGCGAUUCGCCUUUGUCUUGUUCUUUUAUUAAAAUUGAAAGCACAGUAGAAAGGAAGGUCUUUUCUUUUUCCCGCAGCAAGAGAGUGUGUGACCGGACAUUAUUGCUCAAGCAUAAGGGACUGUAGAAUCUGUGAACGUUGCAUUUUGGGAAGAGAUGGUGUUAGGUGGGGGUUGUUAAGCCCUACUGGGGCCUUGGGAUGAUGGUUUUUGAAGAUUGCACCUUUCUGUACAUGCCCAGCUGGGAAUUCUGGGUUUUUCUGGCACCCAAGCUGCUCAAUACAAUGCAAAACUGCUGCAAAUCCCAGUGCCUAAACACUGAGGGACAAUGCACUUCUGUGUACCUUUUUUAUAACAAGCCUUGUUCAUGAUUUGUGCUUUUGGUUUUAAUAAAUAUUUCUACUUC